AACACAGAACAGGGGAAUAAAAGGAACUUUGGUGGCAAAGGACAAAACCCAGAAAGGCGAAGUAAGAACUGCUGAGAAGACAAGGACCUCUGUGAACCUGAAGAAGAAAAGCAAGCAGACUAGCUGUCCAUCGUCUACAUCCUCUUCUUCCUCAAUCAUGCAAACGUCAAAGGCAACAGUUACAAAAUUUCUGCUCAAGAAGAAAGCGGACUUAGUCAAGGUUCAGGGCCUGAAUAUUCAGGAUAUUAGCAGCCAGCUUCCUCCUGCCUUUAAGGACUUAGAGAUUCAUCUGCUUCAAGUUGAGUGUGAGGAGCUUCGUAAUCGACUCGGGUGUCUGAGGGAAGGAUUGGUGGGUCAAAAGCCAAGUGACGUGGAAGAGCUGAUGAAACAGUCUCAGAAAGAGCUCCUGUGGCUGCAGAGACAGCUGUCUUUCCUCUCCACUGGGGCACCCACAUGCAUUUUGCCGGCAAGCAAGUUUGGAAAUGAGCUACCGCACCUACAACCUACAGCGCCGCAGAAAACACUUGGUCGGAUCCAUUUUUUAGAGGCGAAAACUCAGGCUUUUCGGUCUAAUGUCACCGCACUAAGCCAAGAAAAUCAUCAGUGGAGCUUUUUAGAAAAUGAAUGGAAGGAUGCUGUGCAUGAAAAGAAUCGCCUGAGCCUCCAAUAUGCAAGCAUAUCCCACAAAGCACUGCAGUAUGACCAGGUGAAAACAGACUAUGAUCAGCUUAGAGAAACCCACGCCGCAGUGACCAAAGAACGGGAUUUGGCUGUGAAGGAGAAACACCAGCUCCAAGCCAAACUGGAGAACCUAGAGCAGGUCCUAAAGCAUAUGCGAGAGGCUGCUGAACGGCGGCAACAGCUGGAAUUGGAGCAUGAGCAAGCCUUGGCUGUUCUCAACGCAAAACAGAAGGAAAUUGAACUCCUGCAGAAGGCUCAGGUUGAAGCUAAGAAAGAACAUGAAGGUGCAGUUCAGCUGCUAGAGACCACCUUGGACAGCAUGCAGGCCAAGGUUCGCGAGCUAGAGGAGAAAUGUCGGACGCAGAGCGAGCAGUUUAACCUCUUGUCCAAGGAACUGGAAAGGUUUCGGCAGCAAGCUGGGAAGAUUGAUCUCCUGAGUAGCAGUGCGUUGGCAUCCGUGGAUAUCCCUGUCUCACCUAGCAAAUCCUUGUCCCAAUUAAUGAAUGGAAUUGCCACCUCCUUAGGCAAAGGUCAUGAAAGCUCGUCUGGAGGCCACUGUGUGAUCUCAGAGUAUAUACGACCCCUGCAGCUAUCAGGUGACAAACCGGGGCAAUUGUCCAUCAAGCCAACUUUCCUGUCCCGGUCACAAUCUGGCAGCCCAAGAUGCCGAUUUGAAUCAGACAUGGAUAAUGAACGGAAUUCUAAUACCUCAAAGCAGAGAUAUUCGGGGAAAGUCCAUCUUUGCAUCGCCCGAUAUAGUUACAACCCGUUCGAUGGACCAAAUGAAAACCCCGAAGCGGAGCUCCCCCUCACAGCAGGAAAAUACCUCUAUGUGUAUGGAGACAUGGAUGAAGAUGGCUUCUAUGAAGGUGAACUUCUAGAUGGGCAGAGAGGUCUGGUCCCCUCCAACUUUGUGGAUUUUGUGCAGGACAAUGAAUCCCGUUUGUCGAGUGGGGUGAGCAGUGAGCAGGACCAGAAUUACAUCAACCACAUUGGUCACGCGUUGGACGGAGACGGCCUUUUGGAGAUCAACCCACCGAGCCACCUAGAGUCCAGUGUCGUCAAUAAUGGUGCCGGGACGCUGGAUGUGAACAUUGAUGAAAUUGGGGAAGACAUUGUGCCUUAUCCUAGAAAAAUUACCCUUAUCAAACAACUAGCCAAAAGUGUUAUUGUGGGCUGGGAGCCUCCGGUCGUGCCACCCGGAUGGGGAACCAUUCAUAGCUACAAUGUCUUGGUAGACAAAGAAAUACGGAUGAGCGUCUCCUUGGGGAGCAGAACUAAAGCUCUCAUAGAAAAACUCAACAUUGCUACUUGCACAUAUCGAAUAUCGAUUCAAAGCAUAACCAGUAGGGGCAACUCCGAUGAGCUCCAGUGCACUUUGUUAGUAGGGAAGGAUGUCAUUGUGGCACCCUGCCACCUUAAGGUGGACCACGUGACCCAGGUGUCUGCUGAGCUCACCUGGCUCCCAACCAACAGCAAUUACAGUCAUGUGAUCUUCCUCAAUGAAGAAGAAUUCGACAUCGUCAAGGCUGCCAGAUACAAGUAUCAGUUUUUUAACCUGAAGCCCAACAUGGCCUACAAGGUGAAGGUAUUGGCCAAGCCUCACCAGAUGCCCUGGCAGCUCCCGCUAGAGCAACGGGAAAAAAAAGAAGCCUUCCUAGAGUUUUCGACUUUGCCAGCAGGUCCACCGGCUCCCCCUCAAGACAUCAGAAUUCAGGCCGGACCGACACCAGGAACCAUCCUGGUUUCUUGGAAACCGCCGAUUCUCACGGCAACAGGGACCUCCAAUGGAGCCACCGUGACUGGCUAUGGCGUUUAUGCAAAAGGUCAACGGGUGGCAGAAGUGAUCUUUCCUAUGGCAGAGAAUACCGUGGUGGAGCUACCGAGAAUCCGGAACCUGGAAGCCAAGGAAGUUCUCGUCCGGACGCUUUCUGCCCAAGGGGAGUCGGUGGACCCGUUGAGCGCUGCCAUUCCACCCGACCUACUGGUGCCUCCAACCCCUCACCCCCGGCCAGCUCCCAAAUCUAAGCCAUUACCAAGUGCCGGCAUCCCAGAUACCAAAGACGAACAUUUAUGUCCACAUGUAAAAAGGGAUGAGUCGUGGGAGCAGGCCCACGUGGCGUCUCCCGUCCACGGACACACCCUGGAGCCUCCCAACUUCCACAGCCCUCUCCAGGGGAGGAGGUCUCCCUCUCCAAAUCGGAUACUCCCCCAGCCGCAAGGCACACCCAUCCCCAACACGGUCGCGAAGGCCAUGGCCAGAGAAGCUGCUCAGCGGGUGGCGGCAGAGAGCAACAGGCUGGAGAGGAGGAGCAUGUUCACCGAAAGGAGCAACGCCGUGCAUUACGCAAACUCCGACGAAGAAGAGGACGGCUACGAUUCGCCGCGGGUCAAGCGGAAAGGGGCUUCGGUUGACGAUUUCUUGAAAGGCUCUGAGCUUGGGAAGCAGCCCCACUAUUGCCAUGGGGAGGAGUACCACACUGAGAGCAGCCGGGGCUCUGACCUGUCGGACAUCAUGGAAGAAGAUGAAGAAGAGCUGUACUCAGAGAUGCAGCUGGAAGAUGGAGGGAGGAGACGAGUCAGUAUAACGUCGCAUAACACGCUCAAGGAAUGUUAUAAGAAUAAGACCACUGAAGCUGCUUUUUUGGAACAGCCUGAUUUUGCUCAGCAGAUCCACCACAGUAAAAAGCUUUUCAGUAUCCCUGAAGUCGCCGAAGAGGACGGAGAUUAUGCCGAACUUUUGCACAAGCAGGGUUUAGGGAUGCCCCACAAAAUGAGGCGUGCGAUAGCUAGAGAGAGUAGACCGGCCAGGACCUACUGUCAAGACCCACAGCACAGCUGCUGGCACCCAGUCAAACAGCGGAGUUUGGAGGACGCGGAUGAGAGGGGCUACAAAUUCAGCCGGUCUUCCACGAGGAGCCCAGACAGCGGCCUGGAUUGCGGCAGCGAAGAAGAGGAGUCCCGCUUCAGCUUCCGCAGCGCUUACGACACGGUUUCCGCCAACGUUGCGCCUGGCUGUUGCGCCGAUGGCGGGAGCUGUUUGUGCAGGAAGACGCCGCGGCCGCUGCUCGCACGCCGGAGGACUCUGACCAGGCAGAGCAGUGUCGAAGAAGACUUUGAGGACCCCGUUCCUCUGUUUCCAGAACCCCGGAGUGAGGAGGGCAGGCCGGAUUACUAUGAGAGGAAGUAUGAGCCCCAGAGGUGUAGUAGAGCAAAUAAUUUGAUGCGUGAAGAUUUUCAGGGAGGCUGGAGCAGCCCCUUAAGAGGGAAUGGCCUUAGGGCAGCCUCCAUCCCACAUUCGAGGUCAUCCUACCGAGAGCCCCAAGACCCUCCGCUCUUAGGUAACCCAUCCUCCUCUGGACGACAGGACAGGGUGGAACACCCAGGACGGAGAAUAUCCCACGGCGGCGGCGCGGGGCCACAGAGGUCACGAACCACGCUGGUUCCCUCUAUUGAGAUUACAAUGGACAGUAACAGUGAAGGCGCUCGGUCAGGUAGUGAGGGAAAUAUUUCCCCCGUAAACGAAGAAGCUUAUUAUCGCAGCAUUGGCGGACACAGGAAAUGGUGCCGGCAACGUACCGUGACCUCUGACUAUAGAUACGAUGGAUACUGUAGCCGGGAACGUCUGUCGCCAGAGAUUUAUGAAGAAUCAGAAACCGAUCCUGGUGCAGAGGAGGUGUCCACACGGAUCUUUGUUGCCCUCUUUGACUACGAUCCACUGACAAUGUCUCCGAAUCCUGAUGCAGCGGAAGAGGAACUUCCAUUUAAAGAAGGGCAGAUUAUCAAGGUUUACGGUGAUAAAGAUGUCGAUGGGUUUUACCGGGGAGAAACGUGCGCGAGACUGGGCCUUAUCCCUUGCAAUAUGGUCUCCGAAAUCCAAGCUGACGAUGAAGAAAUGAUGGAGCAGCUUGUGAGGCAAGGGUUUCUCCCUCUGAACACCCCAAUAGAGAAAAUAGAAAGGAGCAGAAGGAGCUGCCGUCAACCGGCGGCACCGACGAGGAGAAUGGUGGCGUUAUAUGACUACGAUCCAAGGGAGAGCUCUCCUAACGUUGACGUGGAGGCCGAGCUAACAUUUUGUACAGGAGACAUUAUUACUGUCGUUGGAGAAAUUGACGAAGAUGGCUUUUAUUACGGAGAGCUUCUCGGCCAGAAGGGUUUGGUUCCUUCAAACUUUCUUGAAGAAGUGCCUAAUGAUGUAGAAGUGUAUUUAUCUGACGCCCCGUCGCGAUAUGCUCAAGACACGCCAAUCCGUACAAAAGCUAAAAGGGUUCCUCCUCAGAAUACAGGUACCUCACCAAGGAGAGCGCCAUCCCCCACAGUCCAUCUCCAUUCGGGGUCACCUACGUCAUCUGUGGGUUCUGGUAGUCCCGGGAGAGGCAGGGAAUUAUCCUCGAGAAAGAAAAAGGGGCUACUGUUCAAAGGCAAGGAACUUCUGAAAAGGCUUGGUGCAGUGAAAUGAUUUCGUGUUCUUCUGGACAACCUGUAAAGCUUCAGAUCUAUGUAUUAUUAUUAUUUUUACAAAAACAACAACCAAUUAUAAAAACUCCACAAACUAGGGCUUUCAUGACUAUAUUGAACA